AAAGAAAAGUUAGUAUACAAUUGACAUGGUUACAACAUAUAGAGAAUGUAAGGAUGGAAUUACAAAGGUAGAAAAUGUUGUUAGCCCAAAUAAAUGGGGAUCCUCAGGGAAUGACAGAAUUUCCUGGAGGAGGAAUGGAGGCUCAGCAUGUCACCCUGUGCCUGACAGAGGCAGUGACCGUGGCAGAUGGUGACAAUUUAGAAAAUAUGGAAGGUGUAAGUUUACAAGCUGUAACACUUGCAGAUGGCUCCACUGCUUACAUACAGCAUAAUUCUAAAGAUGGGAGACUCAUUGAUGGCCAGGUCAUUCAGGUGGAAGAUGGUUCUGCUGCCUAUGUUCAACAUGUCCCCAUACCUAAAAGUACAGGGGACAGUUGGCGGCUGGAAGAUGGGCAAGCGGUGCAGCUAGAAGAUGGAACCACUGCAUUUAUUCACCAUACUUCAAAAGAUAGUUAUGACCAGAGCUCACUUCAGGCAGUUCAAUUGGAAGAUGGCACAACAGCGUACAUCCACCAUGCAGUGCAAGUCCCACAGUCUGAUACCAUCUUGGCAAUUCAGGCUGAUGGGACAGUGGCAGGGCUGCACGCUGGGGAUGCUACAAUUGAUCCAGAUACCAUUAGUGCUUUGGAGCAGUAUGCGGCAAAGGUUUCCAUUGAUGGGAGUGAAAGCGUAACAAGUACAGGAUUGAUUGGAGAGAAUGACCAAGAGAAAAAAAUGCAGAUUGUCUUACAAGGACAUGCUACAAGAGUAACUCCUAAAUCUCAGCAGAGUGGAGAGAAGGCAUUUCAGUGUAAAUGCGAUGGAUGUGGCAAACUCUAUACAACAGCUCAUCAUCUUAAGGUCCAUGAACGUUCACACACAGGAGACCGGCCUUAUCAGUGUGAGCAUUCAGGCUGUGGGAAAGCAUUUGCGACAGGUUAUGGAUUAAAAAGUCAUUUCAGAACUCAUACUGGAGAAAAGCCAUAUCGAUGUUCAGAAGAUAACUGUACAAAAUCUUUCAAAACUUCAGGAGAUCUACAGAAGCACAUCAGAACCCAUACAGGAGAAAAGCUAUAUGUCUGUACGGUUCCUGGUUGUGACAAAAGGUUUACAGAAUAUUCCAGUUUGUAUAAACACCAUGCCAUUCAUACUCACUCUAAACCAUACAACUGUAACCACUGUGAGAAGACAUACAAACAGAUCUCCACACUAGCCAUGCACAAAUGGACAGCUCACAAUGACACAGAGCCCAUUGAGGAGGAGCAGGAAGCCUUCUUUGAGCCUCCCCCAGGUCAAGGUGAUGAUGUUCUUAAAGGGUCCCAGAUCACAUAUGUUACAGGUGUAGAAGGAGAGGACAUUGUAUCUACACAGGUAGCCACAGUAACCCAGUCUGGGUUGAGUCAACAAGUUACACUUAUAUCCCAGGAUGGCACUCAACAUGUCAACAUAUCUCAAGCUGACAUGCAGGCCAUUGGCAACACCAUCACCAUGGUAACGCAGGAUGGCAUAGCUAUCACGGUCCCCACUCACGAUGCAGUCAUCUCCUCAGCAGGAACACACUCUGUGGCUAUGGUCACCGCCGAGGGCACAGAAGGACAGCAGGUUGCAAUUGUGGCUCAAGACCUGGCAGCAUUCCAUACAGCCUCUUCAGAAAUGGGACACCAACAACAUUGCCAUCAUUUAGUAACUACAGAAACCAGACCUCUGACCUUAGUGGCAAUGUCCAAUGGCACUCAGAUUGCAGUUCAGCUUGGAGAACAGCCAUCUCUGGAAGAAGCCAUCAGGAUAGCAUCUAGGAUCCAACAAGGAGAAACGCCAGGGUUGGAUGAUUAAUACUCAACCACAGAGCAAUAAAGUAGGAGGAAGGAGCCUCCCAUCUUCUGGCUGCAGAGAUCCCUGAGGCCCGGCCCAGCAGAGCAGAAGAUCCAUUCCUGAAGCACUGUACACGUUUUUUAUGCAAGAGUGGAGAACAUUUUCUUCUUGACACUUUUGUGUACAUAGCCCCUGGAAUAAAUUCCCAAAGUGAUUCAUUAUGUACAAGGAAGUAUGAAAUUAGGGCACUACAGCAAUCCUUCAUGUUACUCUUUAUCACACAGCAGACUUCUGGAAUCCACCCACAAGACCGUCCAGGUCUAUACAGAGUCAAGAUGAGAUUUUAACUUACUGUGAAAAAAAAAAGGCUGUAUCUAAUGUGCCGAAGGCUCUACAUGUCAAACAAUCAUAACUUCAAAGCCAUCACAGAAAAUAAAGGAUGCAAGCCUUCAGAUGUCCCUCCA